AUGGCUACAACACAUAAUGCAUCUAGAGGAUUAUCUUUAGCAAUGAAUGUAAAGUCCAGUUUUCGAGUAGUCAGUAAAGAAAAAGAAUGUACGUCUUCAAUCACAAGUUUUGGAUCUUUAGAUAUUUGUAAUAUCACAAUUAAUUUUAGUGGGAAUUUAAUUUCGAUACCUUGUGAUCCUAUAAAGAUUCCCUUGUCAAUUUCUGUAUUAGUACCUAGUAAAGAUGUUAAAUGGUAUUUGUAG